AGCGACAGCGGUAUCGGCGGUGUCCCCAACUAAUCAGAAAUUAAAUAGUAGUAGUAUUACAGAGAAAACAGAGAGACAAAAUAAGCCCACCAGGGAAAGUAGAAGCAGUAGGGAGGAAGGAAGGGAGAUGGCGGGGGGGCGUUUGCAAACAACUGCAAUAAAUUCUCUACUUAAAGGAGGCAGAAGCAGCGACUGCUUCAGUAAACUGCUUGGCAGUAGGCAGCAGCAGCGCUCCAUCGCUGCCAAACCUAAAACUUUUGACACUGCUGCUGUUGCUCAUACUGAUUCAUCAUCAUCAGCUGAUGCUGAUGCUGCUUAUCCAAAGCAAUCUGAUUUCCCCCACCACCACCACCACGACGCCGUCGAUUCCGGUGGGGUGCCCACUUCAGGAAUAAGCAGACCCCUUUCGGAAAUCUUGAAAGAGCUCAACAAGAAAGUACCAGAUUCUCUCAUCAGUGCCCGCACCGAACCCAAUGGCUUCUCCGUCAAAUACAUCCCCUGGCACAUAGUCAAUCGGAUUUUGAACUUGCAUGCUCCAGAGUGGUCUGGUGAAGUUCGGAGCAUCACUUAUUCAGCUGAUGGGAAGUCAGUUUCUGUCAUUUAUCGUGUAACAUUGUAUGGAACUGAUGCAGAGGCAGUAGCUGAGUUGUUAAUGGCUACUGAUCCUUGGAAGAGCUAGGGUCUUUGAAACAGAAAGAAUUCAAGUUGUUUGAUGACCAGUCUUCUCAAAAUAGCGGUGCUGCACUGAUAUUAAAUCUCUUUGGAUGCAUUUGACGCUGGGGGUUAUUUAAUGCGUUGUAAUUUGGCGACCUUCAUGAUAUUUGUCCAGUUCAUAUGAUUCUGCGAGUAACAUGUGUUGAGUACAUCUUGUUGCUCUUGGUGGGCAUUGGUUGAAUUUUAGUUUGGGAUAAGGGGUUUUUGGUGACUAUCCCAUAGGGGAUAGUGAUAUUUAGCUGAAUUCAGCACGAGAAUGAUCAUGUUAAUUGUUUCUGUUGAAUCUGUCACAUGCAAGCCCUACAACAUGCUGAAUGAGUUGAUGAGAAUUCAUUGACCAGAUAACUCAAAAAAAAUCUGAAUCAGAUGUGUUCAGUAUAUUUUAUAGUCGAAAUUGCUCUCCCUUUCCCAGGUUCCUGGCUUCACAAAAGGUGCAGAAAAUUGAAAAUUGUUGUGAUUCUUUGGUAGCUAGCCAGCAGUAUUUUAUUUCUGCUGACUUGACCGAAAAGUAAAAAAGCAGUAUUGUAUAGUGUUGCUCUUCCACUUGGGAACUUUUUCCAAAAUUAAUCCUCCAUUAACAGUGCCAGUGUAUGAAAAGGUGUGCAAACCUUUUUUUUCCCGUCUGUCUAAUGCUCGUCAAACUUGUAAUGUU